AUAAUUUAGGAAAUGUCAGGCAGAUUAUUAAAAUAAUAACUAUGGCUGGAACUUUCGAAAGAUAUAAUGACGAAGAUGACGAUGUCCUCGCUCCUACAGAACCUCAAAUUACGUCACAUGACCCAGUCGAGAGAAAAGCAGCUAGGUCUCUGCGUAUCAAAAGGAGACAAGAAGCGUUAAAAAGAUCAGAACAACAAACUGAAGAAAUCGUAGCAGAUGAAGAUGCUGGUCCAAUAGAACUAGCUACAUCUACCGCUGCAGAGGAGUUGCAGAGGUUGAAUCUUGAUGGAGCUGCUAAAGUUACCAAUGUCAAAGUCACCACCGACGAACGAGAGGUCUUAAGAAGAGGAUUAUUCGCAGAUAAUAUGAGAGAUUUGAUGAAGAAGAUAGAAGACGAAGCAACAGAGGCGCAGAUCCAGUAUGAAGCUAUUACGUCAAAUUGGAAUACCAUGCUCAAUAUCAAAGAUCCAUUAGAUAUAGACGCAGAAAUGAAAAAGCAGAGACAAAAAUGCGAUUUCUUAAUGGAACAAAAAAAUGAAGUGAUAACUGAAUUAAAGAAUAACCUACAACAAAUGGAUGAUGCUUAUUAUGAAGACUUAGAUAAACAAGAUAAAGAUAUCAAAGAAUUGUCUGAUAGAAUCGAAAAACAAGUAACUAUAAUGCAAAGAGCUUAUGAAAAACAACUAUCCUUGAUAGAACAAGCGAUAAAAAUCGAGCGGGAAGUUAUGGUUGAUCACAACAAUAAGCGUUGGGAAGCUCUCUACAAGCAACGUGACAAAGAAGAAUUAGCUCAUGUGGAAUAUAGAUCAAAGCAGUUAGAAGAACACAAGCAAGAAAUAGAAGUAAUUAUGUGGGAUCAUCAUGAAAAGUUUCGUGAAGCUAAAAUUGAACUCGAAUCUUUAAUUCAAGAACUGCAAAGGGAAUUAGAAAAAUUGAAAGCCACUUGCAUUAUAAAUACGGAAAAGAUUGGUUACAACUAUCAGAUCCUAAAGAAACGCGAAGAAGAAAAUGUUUUUGUCCGGUCACAACAAAAACGAAAACUUAACAAAAUGUCUGACGUUGCUAAUGCACUACGUGCGAAAAUUCGCAAGGCUGCUGAAGAAGGCGCCAUAGAAGAAAUUAAAGCAGACGCUGAAAUUGUAAAGUUGAUGCAGACAAUGGACGAUUUGGAGAAAAAGUCUGAUCAAUUCAAGCACGUUAACGAUUAUAAGUUUUGCCAAAUAUGGCGUAUGGCAACGCAUCGUUGCUCAGAAUUAAGUAAAGAGCUAAGGCAAGGUGAAGUAGCCUUACAUGCUCAGGUUCUGGCCGGACCACCUCCGCCUCCUCCACCGCCAUUACCCAAAAGUCCAUUAAGCAAAUACGAGCAACGAGAAUUAGCUAAUAAAGAUAAAUCGAAUGAAUUAAGUGAAUCAAAAUUAGACGAGACGAAGGAUGGCAGACUACAAGCGGCUAAAGAACGAUUGGUUCGUCACAUUCUUCAACUAGUAACAGAUAACACGGGAUUUUUAAUAGAGAAUCGCUUACUUAAAUUGAUCGAGAAAUAUCAACCAGUCUCCAGAAAUUUGUGCACUUUAGAUGCUAUAUUUAUGGCACUGGAUAUACAAGCAGAGGAAGACAUUGAAAUCUUAUGUAAAACAUUUUUAAACUAUGCAUUCUGUCCUAUUUGUGUUGGGCUGGAUGUGGAAUCUGAUUUAUUAGAACCAUCGCGUGCAUCGAUGACAUCACGCGACGAAUCCCAUCAUGCUAGCGUUAGUGCGAAGUCAACCCGAGGGGAUCGAAUGUCAGUUCGAGGCAGGCAAAGCGUUGUGAGAAGUAUGUCGGUUAGCACCACUAAAUCUGGACACAUCGGAUUUAAGAGCAACGACUUAUCACCUACGGAUCAAAUUCUGAUGGCUGAAGCUGAUGAAAUUAUUCAAAAAUGUGGAGAUCUUCAAGUUAGCAUGUCGUCAGUACCUGGUACCAUUUCUGAUGGUGGAUCUGGUUCUGGGAAAAGACCUGGAGCAAGAGGCGUUACCGUAUCCUCACAGGCCAAUACAGCGCAAAAAUUAGUAAAUCCAUUUUUGUGUCCGUUUGGACAUCCAUUGGAAAUUGAACCUAUGCAAGUUUUAACAGCGUUGGGCGAAUUCAUUAAAAUUUUUGAACCGCCGGAGAAGAAAAAACUAUUCAAUAUUCUAGAGUCUGUUAAGCCGCCGGAUUUUUCAACACCAUCCCGUCAGCUAACUACGGAGGAAAUCGAACAGUAUUGGGCACACUGGAAAAACAUAUUUCCAGCAGAAAAAGAUAGAUUUUGGGAUGGUUUAAUCAGCGCUUUGAAUGAUUAUUUAGCUAUUCUACAGGAACGUGAGUGCGUCAAUGCAGAAGUAGUAGUGCUACGUCGUCGCAAUGCGGCAUUACGUCGCUUGGUCCGAGGUGCUCUUCCAGAACUUCCCGCUGCAACGCCGCAGUAUGCGCGUCAAGGUCCGUCUGUCUUUACCGCUACUUUCACGGAUAACGCGCCACAGGCUUUUGAAAAAUUACCCCCUAUUUAGCAACGUCUGAAUAAAUUUAUUUAACUAUUUUUUUAACUUAUUGUAAUUUAUUAAUAAAAUCAGUGUUUCACAAAUUAAAUUGGAA